UGUCUGCUAGGCUCUGCCUUCAAGAACUCCGGAAACCUGCCUCGAGAUGGAGAAGGAGGCUGCAACAUCCGCGUGAUCAUCACCAGUGCACCAAUGGAACAGAAGUGAGAACACCGGCAUCCCCUGUCGCGCGUGAGGAAAUAGGCGGGCCCGGGGAAAGCUCGCUCACGCUGCGUGGGUGGGUGAGCGGAUAGUAGAGGAGCUGCCGCGGCGGUAUUUAACAGAGAGCCGACGAGAGCUUAAGCAGGACGGAGCCGACAGACCAGCGCUUAAAGCAAGAGCCAUUUCAGCACCAGCGCGACUGGACAGCGACACGUAGCCCAAACAAAAACAGCAACCUUCAACUUUAAACAGCAAUCAUGGUUCUUAUCUGGACUCAGUUCGGUGUGAAGCACAAAAAUGUCAAUGUCAAGUGCAAAGUGCGAGUUAUGCACAGGGGUGACAGUUCCGGAUCAUCUUCAUCAGCGGAAGGUACCAAAUCCGAGCAGGACACACCUUGCCUGGCAAUCAAACCAACAGGCAAAGACUUCUACAAGGUCCUGGGUGUCUCCCCUGAUUCCAAUGAGGACGAGAUCAAGAAAGCCUACAGGAAGAUGGCUCUCAAGUUCCACCCUGACAAGAACAGUGACGCCGACGCAGAGGACAAGUUCAAAGAGAUCGCAGAAGCCUAUGAAGUCCUGACUGACCCCAAGAAAAGAAGCAUCUAUGACCAGUUUGGGGAAGAAGGCCUUAAAAGCGGCAUGUCAUUGGCAAACCAAGGCAACGCUUUUCGCAAUACCUUCCACGGUGACCCCCACGCCACCUUCUCCUCCUUCUUCCAUGGCUCCGACCAUUUUGACAUCUUCUUCGGCCCUGAUGGGGACAGUGAGGAGGACCUUUUCAACCCCUUCAGACGCUUCCCCUUUAGCCACGUGGGUGGCAAUGCCGGCUGCGAAGGCGGGCUAAGGAGAGGUCAGCGCCGGCUGCAGGGCAAAGAGGUGGUCCACGACUUGCCAGUGACCCUGGAGGAGGUGAUGCAAGGCUGCACCAAGCAUGUGAAGAUCACCCGACGUCGCCUUAACUCUGACGGGCGUAGCAUGCGAUCAGAAGACAAAGUACUGAAUGUGGUGGUGAAGAAAGGCUGGAAGGCCGGGACCAAGAUCACCUUCCCAAGGGAGGGAGACGAGACACCCAACAGCACCCCUGCAGACAUAACCUUCAUCCUCAGGGACAAGGAGCACACUCAGUACAAGAGGGAGGGCUCCAACAUCGUCUACACAGCCAAGAUUACCCUUAAAGAGGCUCUCUGUGGCUGCACUGUUAACGUCCCAACACUUGACAACCGAAUGAUGCCUCUUCCAUGCAGCGAUGUCAUCAAACCUGGUGCAGUACGGCGGCUCAGGGGUGAAGGUCUACCAAUGCCCAAAAGCCCAUCCCAGAGGGGCGACUUGAUGGUGGAGUUCCAGGUGCUCUUCCCUGACAGGAUCCCGCCACAGUCCCGUGAGAUCAUCAAGCACAGCCUAGGCCAGUGCUAGCCUGCUUUACCUACUGACGCAGCUUCACCUAGCGUGUAUGUUGUUAUCAAUUCACAAACACAGCCUUGCCCGAGGUGCUAAUAUCACAACCAAUCACAACCUCCAAUUGUGUUUGGAAAAGGCAGGCAGUGCAUUAGUGAGUUGUAGUUCAGAGAGAAGACUUUCUGCUCGGCACAUUGCACAACAGUUACGAUGCCGAAUGAAAGGAGAGUUCAGUACUGAUGAAUGGGGUCUUUGGUAUCUGAGGGCAUCCAUUGACUCUACAGCCUUUUGCUUGAAUAAAAAGCUAAUCUGUACUGUUAUACUUGCAAACCUUUAGCAGGAUAUCAGUGUGAUAUUCAAGUCUGUAUAGACUUCCUUAAACCUGAACGGUAGAAAAAAAUGUGAAAAAAAUCCUUUUUACUAUAGUUAUAUGGUGUUCAUAUGACUGAUUUUUGCAUUGAAUUAUUACAAUAGCAAAAUGUACUUGUGUGCAAAGAUCUACUUUGUGUACAAAAUUCAAACAAAUUGUCUCUAAGAGAGAUUCAUUUGUCAAAUGUUCUAUUGAAUUAUUUGAAAAUGUUUGUACAUAGUCUGAGCAGUGAUGUAGUAAUUCCUGAUAGAGACAAGUUUGAAAGCAUGAAAAUAAAGAAAAAAAUUGAAUAUAA